AUGGGCCCCCCGUCGCCCCCGCACCAAGCCUCCGGAGUGUCCGGAAAGAAGACUGGAAACGGCGAGACUCUGAGCACCUCGCCUUCGCAGCAUGAGGCGAAAGGGGAGGCGCGUGAAGUGACAAGACAACCCGCGGCUGCGGAGGAACCUCGGAGGGAGAGGCGAGCGUCUGCGAAACGCACAGACCGUCGCACCUCUUCAGGAACAUCUCCAACCUCGCUGCACUCCCUGGAUUCCGAAGAGGUCCAAUCUGGACGGCAACAUGUGCCCACGUACAGCCUGGCUGGGAGUCCAGUAAAGCUCGACGGCGUUCUCUGGGUGGCCGAGUCUCUCGCGUUCGCUGAGCUCUCUCACCCCUCAGACGCUUCCCCGUCGGCGCACGCUCAGUCGCAGUCCGCUGCUCCAUAUGCGUCCGCGUCUCGGAGUGGGGAAGAGGCGAGAUCGCCGGAGACAGGAAUGAGCGGGCGAUCCAGUGAGGACGAGGGAGCGGCGGACGCUGCGAAUUUCUACAAUCUGCACGUUGGGAACUUCCCCCUCGCCCUCCUGGUCCACCAGUACACUCUCAUGGGAGGCCAGAGGGGGCUGGUUGAGGGCAAGGCUCGGAUCCUCGCAGCCCGCGGAAUUCCGAGCAUCACAUUCAACUUGAGAGGCGCUGGCGCCUCUGGCGGGAGGGCAACCUUUACGGGGAGUUCGGAAGUGAACGACACUGUGGCGGUGUGCGAAUGGGCGAAGAAGUCUCUCGGAGCGACAAACAUUUUCCUCAUCGGCACUUCCGCAGGCGCCCCUAUCAGCGGCAGCGCUGUGCCUCUCGUCCCCGAGGUGAAAGGCUGGGUCGGGAUAGGCUAUACCUUUGGCUUCUUUGCGUCUCUUCUCUUCAGCCGCCACUUCCAGAGCAUUCUCGAGAACCCGAAGCCGAAACUGUUUGUCCACGCGGGCGCGGACGGGUUUACGUCCACCUCCACUUUUGAGCACUAUUUCAAAAAAGCUGCCGAGCCGAAGGAGCAACUUACCAUCGACGAAGUUGGUCACUUUGAACUGGAGGGCCCUUACUAUGACCCCUUUCUCUGCCGCGUCAUUUUCCAGUUCGUUGAAAAGUACUCGUCGACGCCUCCCCUCCGUCCGGGGCCGUCGCCAGCCUCCGUUUAA